AUGUCGUCAAUGCCAUUGAUAUUUGUAUGGUUAGAUAAACGUACUGGAUAUAUACCAGGUGGAAAUGAAAAAUUAAAAGAAAAAUUUCGAAAAAUUCUUACACCUAUUCGUCAAUUUGAUAAACCAACAUUAUGUUAUGAUUUUAUUCAUGAUUCAAGCAAAGAUAAAUAUGUUUUCUUUCUAACAACAUCAGUUUUUGCUGAAGAAGAAUUUCUUCGUAAAAUAGCAUCAUUAGCAAAUGUUUUCUUUAUUUAUAUUUAUGAUCAAGAUAAUAAACAAUUUACAACAAAUGAUAAAACUCUUUCAGAAAAAAUGGGUUCACAACGUCUUAUUCAUUUUGAUGAAAUUCUUUAUGAACAAUUAAUUUAUGAUUUAAUCAGUUUUUAUAAAAAUCAAGCUGAUCAACUUAUUAAAGAUGAACAAUCAAAACAAGCUAAACAAUUAUUGGAAUAUGCUACAAAAUUAAUUGAUACUUGUGAUGAUAUUAAUCAAGAUUUACAAUUAAUUCAACAAGAUUUAAAUGACAGAAUUCGAAGAAUAAAAUAA